AUGAAACUUGCCGCAGAUUCUCGUCGAAAGGUUAGUUCAAUGACAAAUAUGGCGACCUCCAGUGAUUUGACUAUCACGUGCGAUGAGUUUCUCUUGUUUCAGGAAUCCCUCAAGAAGCUGCGUCUUAUUGAUGAUAGGAUUAUCCAUGCUUUAAAUACUACAGUGCCUACAAUUACAUUUGAAAAAGAUAUUAAUGCAACAAAUCAGUGUAAAGUAUUAUAUGAAAAUUUAAUACAAGCUCAUAAUGACAGGAAAUCCUCCAUUCACAACUGUAUCAAUGUGAUCUCGGAUAAUGUGAAUACUUUGAAAGACCAGCGUUCAAAUAGUCCAGAUGAUUUAAAUGUAUUAAAAGAACUUAGAAGAGUACAAACAAAUCUUCGUCUGUUGCAAAGUGAAUUGACUGUUGAAGAAGUAGUAAGAGACAGAAGUUUAAAGGUUUUUUAUGAAAGAUGUCGAAUUGCUUACAAACCACCAAAGCAUCUCUCAUGAUAGUUCCUGUUGUUCUUUAUAUUAUAAUUAGAAUUAGGUUCUGUGUAUGAUUACAUUGGUGUACAUUUUGAGAACUUUUUUUCAUGAAAGUGUAUCCACCUAGUAAAAUUUAAUACGCUUUUUUCAAUUUUUUUUUGGGGGGUUUUGUUCUUAUUAUUAGAUUGUUUUAAAAAUAAAAGUAAUUAUAAAAAUAUUUUUUCAACAGAAAAAAAAAACAAUAAAAAUUUAAUUUUUUUACAGA